GUGCGGGACUGGCCGGAGACGCCGGACGGCCUCCGCCUGCGGGUGCGGGAGUACCGCUCCUCCGGAGGCACUGAGUACUUCGUCUCCGUCGAGGGCUCCAACCGCGGCCUCGGGGGCGGCGCGACUCAGCGCGCGCUCGGCGGAGGCCAGAAGGCCACGAAGAAGGAGCGGCGCGGCAAGAAGCAGGCGCACCAGGGGCAGCGCGCCGAGAUGGUGGAGGGCUUCCGGGCCGCCCUCGCCUCCGAGGGCCUGUCGCGGGAGGAGCGCAAGGCCGCCGCCGAGCGGGCCCUCGCGGAGCGCGCCAGGGACGAGGCCGAGCUCGCCCGCGCCGCCGACAGCGCGGCGCCGGCAGACGAGGACGCCGACAACGCCACCCUGUACGGGCUGUUGCGCCUCCGCUUCAACGACGACGCGA